GCACUAACCUUCUGAUGCUUGUCCAGUACCACAGGCACACCAUGAUUCUUCAGAAGAUCUUCAGGCUGUCCUCGGUCCUUCGCUCGGCAGUCUCUGUGCAUUUGAAGAGGAACAUUGGCGUUACAGCGGUGGCGUUUAAUAAGGAGCUCGAUCCUGUACAAAAACUCUUCGUGGACAAAAUAAGAGAGUACAGAUCAAAACGACAGGCAUCUGGAGGACCUGUUGACACUGGCCCAGAGUAUCAGCAAGACCUGGACAGAGAACUGUUUAAGCUUAAACAGAUGUUUGGUAAAGGAGACAUGAAUACGUUUCCCACCUUCAAAUUUGAAGAUCCCAAAUUUGAAGUCAUCGAAAAACCCCAGUCCUGAGGAAUAAUGUAAAAUCCAUCUGGUAAUUUGUCAUGAAUUAGUUGUACAACUAAUUUUAAAAAUUUAAAUAAAUAGUCGUUUCACAAUUAUCAAA